AUGGCAUCCGUAGACCAGAAACCCGGUAUGCUACUCGUGCACCCACGUUUACUUCACGAUGGGGAAUAUUUUGAGAACUGUUUCGGGCGGUGGACGCAACUGCAUUUCAGAGACAUGCUCAACAUGUCCUCGGACAAACCUUCAGACGGCAAAGUCACCUCUUGCUUGCGGUUCGUCAGAUCCAAGGAGGGAAAGGGUUAUGGACACAACCCUGAAGAAGACACAAAGCCAAUAUAUGUGUACGCAUGUCUUGUUGACAACUUGGACGUCUUGAAGAGCAAGGCAUACGAUGAUGUAAGCCGGGUUUUGAAUUUGGAAACCACAAGGGAGCUCGGUAAGGAUGAAACGCCAGUAGGAUGCCACGGACGUUUAGAGACUGGAGGCAAAGAGCCAACAGUAUUCGACAUCGUUAGUGCCAAGUUCGCCGUCUAUGAAGAGAUU